UUCCUUUUAAUUUUACUAUAUUUUCCAUCUUUUUGUGUGAAACCUGGUCCAUUAAUGUCCACAGAUUACCCGGCUUAUGUACAAUCACCAUGUUUUUAUUCGAGUCUAAUUUUAAGGUUAUCCAAUGGCCACAAUAAAGUCGCUAGUAGUACCCCCAUUGUACUCGAAAAUUCUUUCAAAUUUCCCUUCAAACUUCUCUUUUUGUUUUGCUUAUGGUUCCGGUGUUAAGAAGCAAACCGAUAAUGUGGGCCCCACGCCAAAUUCGAACGUAAUCGACUUGGUGUUCUGUGUGGAUAACGCGUACGAAUGGCACGAGAGAAAUUUACAGCUUAACAAAUGGCAUUACAGUGGUUUGAAGUAUCUCGGACACCACAACAUCACGAAAUUUCAGCGAGGCUAUGGCGCCAAAGUUUAUUUCAACACGCUAAUCCCAUUGGAAGAGGUUACAAUUAAGUACGGAGUUGUCUCGAGGCAGGACUUAAUCACCGAUCUACUGGAGUGGUCCGAUUUGUAUUUAGCCGGUCGCUUGCAUAAACCUGUCGAAAUUGUAAUUCAUCCCACCUCAUCCGAGCUGCAGACGGCGAUUCAAUUGAAUUUGCAGUCGGCGGUGCAUGCCUCGCUACUGAUCUUGCCCGAAACCUUUACGGAGUAUCAAUUCUAUCAUACUGUCGCGAAUUUAAGUUACGCCGGCGAUUUUCGAAUGAUAUUCGGAGAAAAUAAGCAGAAGGUCGACAACAUCGUUCGACCACAACUGCUCAAAUUUAGAGAUCUCUACAAACCGUUUCUGAAGAACUUGCACGAUUACGUAGAUUUUCCCGUGGAUACUGUGAGCGAAACGGAGACCGUCAAGUGUCUCCAGGAUGUUGGUCCCUUAAGUCGACUUCACCACUUAAACCAGUUACCGAGGUGGCCGCAGAAGGCGCUGACUAAAUUUUGGAAUCGAGGCACCGUGAGGCAGGAUACAGAAGAUGUUCUACGUGCGAUCGCUUACGAUCCCGACUGUAAUCUAAUCGUAAAUAAGUGCGUUAACGGAAUCGUUUGGCAGUCUUCUAUCAGUCAAAGUUUGAAGAGUGCUCUAACUGCGGGUGUUGUUAAAAGUUUGCGAUAUAGCGCUAAGAAAAUUACAAAAAUGUUAAGAUAAUUUGUAAAUUUCAUUGCUAGUGUAAUAAUAAAUCUAUUUCCAUGUUA